CCGUCCCGGAACGUCACCUAUUCCUUCUCCCCAGAGAUGCUGCCUGGCCCGCUGUGUUACUCCAGCACCACAGUGUUCAGCGCGAUGGUUGUUACUGGCGGUGUGGCUCAUUUGAUCGUCGUAUCUCUUAUUUUAGGUCGAGUGGCCCUUGUCACCGGAUCAGAAGUGCGAGGAUACCCGGGACAGGCGAUCACUCUGCCGUGCCGCUACUCUGUCCAAAUGUAUGGUAAAUCUGCGCUGUGCUGGGGUCGGGGACAGUGCCCUAACUUUGACUGUGGAUCUGAACUGAUUAAAACAAACGGAGAAACAGUAACUUCAGCAGUAUCCGAGAAAUAUCAGCUUGGUGGUAACAUUGAGCAAGGGGACGUGUCGCUCACGAUAAAGCAGCUCCGGAAAGAAGACGGCGGAUGGUAUUGCUGCCGUGUGCGGCUCCCUGGACUGUUUAAUGAUGUGAAAGUGAAUUUGAAUGUCCUGGUUUUGGAUGAGAUCACCACACCGAAUCCUUCAACCACAAAUGAGUCUGUCCAUGCACAGGAUGCAAACUCUGUCACAGCUUCUACAUUUGUAGGUACCCGAGAAAUUCUGAGCUCUACAAUAACUACGAAUGGAAUCAACAGUACUUCCGAACAAGUUCCCGAUGACCUGGUAAACAUCCUGGUUUCUUAUCUUGCCUGGGCAGCCCGUGUCUUAGUUUUCAUCUGCUUUCUUGCAAUCACUCUGUUCCUUUGUCAAUGGAAAUGUAAACAACCAGAAAAUGACCAUCUUUCAUCGUAG